CCCAGAGCGGGAUCCCCGGCGUUCCUGGCAUCCAUCCCAAACACAGCCCAGCCGGGUAAAACAACGUCCUAAAGCGUGUUUCAUUGAGAAAGGCGAGUAUUGCAGAUAACAUAUUUGACUGCAAUGUUACACCUGCCGCAGGAUGUUGUCUCUAGAUCUGGAAACUGACACUAUUGCUGAGGACACAGCGCCAAGCUCCCCUGAUGGUGGCGCGGAGACACCGGCCAGUCUCGAUGUGCUGGAAGAGCAAUGGCCAAUAAAGCAGUCCCUGAGUGCCUCUAUGUGCCGUGAGACGCACUGGCGUUGCCUUCUCCUUUCCUUGCUCAUGUAUAGCUGCCUGGGUGCCGUGGCCUGGUGUCAGCUCACCCAGGUCACCAAGCUGAGCUUCGAUUCCUCCAGUACUUCCCUCACAGCCUCAAUGAACUCUCUUAGAGGAGGUCGCUCCAUGAUAUACCACGAGAGCCCUUGCUCUGACGGUUAUGUGUACAUCCCCUUGGCCUUCCUGCUUAUGCUCUACGCCGUUUACCUUAUGGAGUGCUGGCACUGUCGGGCCCGCAGCGAGUUGCAGUGCAAGGCCAACGUUGAGAGCGUGUACGAAAGGGUUCUGCGCAUGCGUCAAGCCCGACCGUGCGUCUGGUGGAAAGCCAUCAGUUACCAUUUUGUACGUAGGACUCGACAAGUAACGCGUUACAGGAAUGGAGAUGCCUACACGACCACGCAGGUUUUUCAUGAGCGUGUUAACACGCAUGUGGCGGAGGGCGAAUUCGACUACAGCCGCUGCGGAAUGAGAGACGUCUCACGAAAUUUGCGCGGACUGGAGGGUCACGCAGCGACGCGAUUGCAUUUCUCCAAGUGCUUCAGCUUCGCAGGAGCGGGUCCUGAAAAUUCAUACCUCAACCAGCGAGCCAGGUUCUUCUCAGAAAUUGAGGGUUUGGACGACUACAUGGAAGCCCGCGAAGGCAUGCUUCUGAAGAACGUCGACUUUAAAGAGCACCUCAUCGCUUAUGUGGAUCCCGACCAACUGCCGUGGUACACCUCGCGGGUCACCUUCUGGAUAGCGGCUCUCCUCAUGCUCUCCUGGCCACUGCGAGUGCUGAUCGAGUACCGGACGGCGUUUGUGCACUACCAAGUCGAGAAACUCUUCGGACUAGAGUAUAGCAACAACAGCCCGUCUCCAGAGGCUGAUGCCACCGUGUUGGACACUCGCUAUGGCCUUCCAAGAGUAGAAACGGUGGAUAGUACGGAGCUGGAAUGGCACAUUCGUUCAAACCGCCAGCUUAUACCCAGCUACUCGGAAGCCAUGCUGAUGAACCUGGGGGCUUCUGGGUCAAACCACAGAGACAGCAUUUCCUCCAACCGCUUGCUGUUGGACAGCUGCUCAACGCAGAGCUACGGGACGUUGGUGCAGAACUGUGAGCACUGUUGCCAAGAAGAAGGCGACCGAAGACAGCCAACGAUCAGCUCUAGCUGUUCCUCCAUCUUUUCUCGCCACACCUUCCACUCCCGUUUGUCUCUGGACACCUCGCACUUCUCGUUGUGCCGCAUGUAUGGCUCCAGGCGCACUAUGGGACUGUGGAGAAGCCGUAGUAGUACACUUACAGAGCGCUGCUGCCCUGAUGAGCAGUGCUGCAGGUCUUACACCAGUCAGCUUGCCCUUAAUGACAGCCCGCCGAAUUAUCAAGACGCUCGCUUCUUCCCAGUCCUCAUAGUACAUCGGCCUGAGGGCUGUGGGGACUACUCAGAGGUGAGGAGUUAUUAUGUUCGUAGAGACUCCUGUUGUGUGGAGACUUCGGUUUAAAGUGUCUUGAACUUGUCAGGCUGACUAUUUCAGUGAUAGAAAAGGUUCGUUAAACAUCAUUAUUUGCACUACGCAGAAAGUGGCCUUGAUGGCUAUUUCAUUCAGAGGAAUUGCUUGGCGUCGAACUGAUGAAGUGUAUUCUCAUGAAAUAUAUCUUGCUCUAAAAGCUAACUGUGGCGAGCAGGACGAGGCCGAGGGCCGUGAGAGAGCGGUGCGAGGCCGGUGGCGUGAUUAAUGAUGAGCGACACCUGUGAGACGCACCAGUCGCGUAUCUCUCACGGCCCUCGGCCUCGUCCUGCUCGCCACACUAACACAUGCUAAAUUAUAAAUGUGGCGUAUUCAGGCCAGCAUUGAAGACUGUUUUGUUUACAUUUUGAUUUUAAUUAAAGGGCUGGAUUGGAAUUAUCAACCAUUAAUUUACAUUAUUUAUUAACGCUUGGCUGA